AUGACGCUUGCCAGGAAGAUUGUCGAGGUUGCGAAGAAGGGAAUAUCGAGUGCCAAGAGCAUCCUCGACGAUGUGAAGAAGCACACCGAAUGGAAAUGGGCAGAUUCGGCCAACGUGAAAGGCAAGCUGGAUAAGAUAGUCGACGCCAUGGAGUCCAAGCUCGGCGACGUCGAGCUGUCCAAGAUGUUGAAGAGCGGCUUCGCACCGUCUGCGAUCAAGAAGAAGCUCAGCGAUUCGCAGAUCAUCGCGCAGCCCGCGGGCCUCAAAGAGCUCGAG